CGAGCAUUUUGAGCAGACGUAUAAUUGGCCAGCAGCACCGAUCAGUUCCCAUUCUGGAGUCCAGAGCGUUCGCAGGUGUGUAGACACUUCACCACUGUCUGGGGUUGAGGUAGUCCAUGGGCUUCGCCUUAAAGCGCUACAAAGCCCCUAAUCCAAAUGAACAACCUCCGGCUAUUUUCAAAGAUGGCGGUCCAUCACUUGUUCAGUUAACUACUCUCCUCCAAGAGAUCUGGGUUAUCCCAUCUGGUUGGAGCCUAGCGGAUAUCGUGCCUGUCUUCAAAAAGGGUACCCGAACUGACUGCGCCAACCACAGAGGGAUUAGACUCAUCUGUGUUGCUUCCAAGUUUCUCGCAACUCUGCUUUUACUGAGCUUCAGUCAGGUACGCGAACAGAGCAUACUUGAAGAGCAAGCUGGGUUCCGCUCAAGUCGGAGUUGCAUCGAUCACAUCUAUACACUCCGCCAAAUACGACUAUAAUGUUCUCCCAUUGGGAUCGUAAUGUAUCAUGUACGACUGUGUCUGCC